CCCCCCCCCCCUCUCUCUCUCCCUCUCUCGCUCUGUCAUCCUCCCCACCGCGCGUUACUUUGCGCAUGUACGGCUCACACACUCCACAUUACAUCCACACCAAGAUGGCGUUAACGCGGCUGGCUUGUCUUCUGCUUCUCCUCUCCAUACAAUGCUAUGUCAGCAUCUUGGCAGUGGUAUUGAAAACUGCAAAUCCUUCACCAUGGGCCAAUGAGUUUGAAUCAAUUGAAUUGUCCUGUCAAAUAGAGUCUAUCUCCAAAAAACAACCCAGAAUUGAAUGGAAAAAGAUUAAAGAUGGGGCAACAAGUUAUGUCUACUUCCAAAGCAAAAUAUCAGGUGAUUUGAAAAACAGAGCAACACUCCUAGAGCCUGCAACGAUAGUCAUCUCUAAUGCAACAAGAUUAGACACAGCAACGUACCGCUGUGAAGUCACAAUGCCUGAAGACCACCACAAGAACUUUGAUGAGAUUGUGAUAAACCUCACCAUCAGGGUAAAACCAGUGACUCCGCGGUGCUCCGUGCCUGCAUCUGUGCCGGUGGGUAAGUCAGCCGAGCUGACGUGCGUGGAGAAUGAGGGCUCCCCCGAGUCUCAUUACCAGUGGUUCCGCAAUAAAGAGGAGAUCCCAGUGGACCACAAGAGCAGCCUCAAGUUUUUGAACUCAUCCUACGUGCUGAACGGCAAAACGGGCGUGCUGCGAUUUAAUGCAGUGAGGAAAGAGGAUGCCGGGCAGUACUACUGCAGAGCCAAGAACGUGGCAGGAGUUGCCGAGUGCAACCCGCAGAUGAUGGAAGUCUAUGACCUGAACAUUGUUGGCAUUGUUUUGGGUGUGCUGGUGGUUGUGUUGGUGCUGUUGUGCAUAAUAGUGGGCAUCUACUGUGCUCACAGAAAAGGGUUCUUUGCCACUGAGAAACAGACGGGAAGCAACUACAAAGCACCAGGAAAGGCUGAUGGAGUGGAUUACAUUCGAACAGAUGAUGAGGGCGAUUUUAAACACAAAUCAUCCUUCGUCAUUUAAAAUCCAAGAGAGACGAUGAGACGAUAAAUAAUGAGGGACAACCACACACACACACACACACACACAUACACACACAUGCACCCACACACUGACAUGCUGAGGAAAAAGACUCUAAGCUGUGCCAGGUCAUGGUUUACAACACAGCACAUUUGCUACAGUACAAUUUAUAUUUGCCAAAGCGGACAAAGUCCCAUUUCCACCUAGAAGCAUUAAUCUCCAUAAGAUCACUGGAGCUUUUCCUCUUUAAACUUUAAACUUUUUUGACCCAUUUUUUCACUUUGAUUUCUUUUAACGCUUCAGCAAACAUUUUGCUUUAAAUUGCUUGUCGUUGCUAUUACUUUUGUUUUGUACCAGCUAAAUGUGUCAAAAUAUUUUUUGAUAGAAUAUAUUUUGAAAUUCUUAGAGGUUUACUUUUUUAAAAAAAUAUAUUUGUAAAUUACUAACAUGGAAGCCAGUAUAUUUUAUAGACCACUUUGUUUGAAAAAAAAAAAAGCUAAUAAUUUCUGACCAGUCUGUAGUUUUCUUUUAAUAAAUCUCUACAUUUGUGACAUCUGUUAAUACUCUCAUUUGAGUCUGAAAUCAGGGCUGGAUUUAGGGGGGGGGACAUUUGACAUCUCUGGCUUAGCUGUAUAUGGUCAAAAAAUAAAAAUAAAACAACAAACUAAUUAAAGCACCCCCAAUCAACACCAGUUAAUUCCGGCCCUGUUUGUAAUUUAAUAUCAUAUCCGAUGAAUUUUUUUCCCCAAAGGUCUUACCUACUAAGUUUACUGUUGCAGUCUAAAUGGUUUUAGUGUAGGGUUCCAUGUUAGCGUUUGUAGAUAGUCUUAGACAGUAAAAAUCCUGCUUUCUUUUUUCUUUUAAGCCAUCAGAACACACUGUAAACUGCCCUAGCUGUGCGUCCGUUCGUUUAAGUGUCCUUGUUGAUCAUGUACAUAGUAAAUAUACUGUCCAUUUUUUUUUAUAUUUUAUUUUAUUGUUCUUUUACUUACUGAGUAGUUUGAUUUUUUUAAAUAAACAGGGUUGUUUUUUUUUAUAUUUGGCACAGAUAGAAACAAAAAGCUGUGAUUGUACAUCGAUUCACUUUUUUUCCCUCUUGUUGGAAUAAAAAUAAUUAGAGAAUGUCUAGAAAGAGGCAAAUAUGACACUCUUUUCACAAAUUCAGGUCAACUAAUCAUGUGAGAGAGAAGAUCUGCCUUACAGUCGGCAUUUGAUUUCUUAAUCAGAAUAAUCUACAAUUCACAUAAAAUGUCAGAUACACUUCAUGAUCUUCAAAGUAAAAUCACAGCAAAUACAACUAUGUGUAGUACAUAAGUAUUUCUUUGUUUUGUUUUCCAUAUUUGAGUUGAUUCAUUUCUCUAAACAUUAAUCAUUCCUCUUGAGUGCCUUUUAGUGUGGUUGUAUGAUAAAGAUAAUGUUGUUUUGUGUUCUAUAUAAAUAGUGGCUUGUUAUAUACUGUGACGUAAAAUUGGAAACAUCACUGUCCAAACUAACUAACUUUCUAAAACAUUUUUAAAGCAUUUGUAUACAGUAAAUCACAGCAGGUGUUUAAGAGGAAUGAUAGGUUACUUUGAUAUACAGCACAUAUCCAACUCUGGUUUUAUGUAAAUAGAUUUUUUUUGUGCGCUAAUUUACAGUAAUGACUACCUUUUUUUGUCAAUUAAGUAGAAAUAGAGCUUGGAUAUUGUAUUAGUGCCUCAAUAUUGAGUGAUGUGGUAUUUCAAGAAAGACACUAUUAGUUUACAUAACCAUGUAUCAAACAUAACCAGUUUGAAAGCUUGUUUUACAAUAUAAAGGUGUUAAAUGGAGUGUUGAGGUAAAAACAGAACUGAAUGAGGUGAGAUUAUGUUUAGAUGGAGUGCAAAGCUUUACCAAAAAUUACCAAAAGGAAUUUACUGUAAAUUCCUGCAUUGUGGUUUUGAAGAUGUUUUAAAGAAUUGGCCAUUGAGGUUAAAUUUACAUAUUGUGCCCUUUCCAGUCCUUAAACAAAAUUUUCUUUUCGCAUUGAUUUUAGGCUGAUAUAAAUCCUGUGUGAAGUCUUGAACAGUAGCGUAUGUUUGCGAUUAAUAAAACUUACUUCUUAA